AUGGUGUUGGACAAGGAAGAGAGUGUGCCGAUGCUCUCCGUCCAGCCCAAAGGAAAACAGAAGGGGUGCGCUGGCUACCGCAAGAUUAAAGACCGCUACCUGCUCAAGGCCCUGGACAAAUACUGGCACGAGGACUGUCUGAAAUGUGCCUGCUGUGACUGUCGCCCUGGGAGUGGCUCCACCCUCUACACGAAAGCCAACCUCAUCCUCUCGAGGGACUACCUGAGGCUCUUUGGUACAACAGGGAACUGUGCUGCCUGCAGUAAACUGAUCCCAGCCUUUGAAAUGGUGAUGAGAGCCAGAGAUAAUGUUUACCAUUUGGACUGUUUUGCCUGUCAGCUUUGUAACCAGAGGUUUUGUGUGGGGGACAAGUUUUUCCUUAAGAACAACAUGAUUCUGUGUCAGAUGGACUAUGAGGAGGGCCAGCUGAAUGGCAGCUUUGAGACGCAGGUUCAAUAGCCGGGCCUAGUGGCAGCGACCAGGACCCUCGGCCCGCCGUACUUACACAUGAUGCCAUGGAUGUUCUGCUGCACUUGGGAAGAGGAGCGUCUGUCUGCUUGCCUGCAAUACUUUUUAAAUAGCCCUUUAUCAGUCCAUAAGGACUCUAUUGUAAAUGUACUACUUUUUGCCCCUCCCCUUCCCACCCUUGCCCCUUCCCACCCCAACACUGAGCAGUUACAAGUUUUGAUGUACAGUUGUGCCUGCUUAGCUGAGCACUGUAUUGCUUGUAUGUUUUUGUGACGUUUGUUUUGGGUUUGUUUAUUCUUUUCCCCUUUCGGGAACGUUUCCUUGGAGGGUAUGUACAGUCUGUUUUCUCUGUAUAUAUAAACUGGAACAUUUAUUUUAUGAAAUGUAAUGCAAUUUUAUUACUAGUGUGAAUUAAAGAUUCUUAAAUGUU